AUGACCAGCAACUCCGGGGGGGGUCUGGGGGGCCCGCUCCUCUGGGGCGAGCGGGGCCCUGAAUCCCCCCAAACCCCCCCCCCCCUUUUUCCGGGCCGAACGGGGGGCCCCCGGGGAGGAAAAGGGGGGGUUCGGGGGGCGCCCCCUGCAAAAGGGAAUUUUUUGCGGCGGUGGGGGGCGGCGGCCCGGGGGGCGGGGGUUGGAGGUCCGGCCAUUUUUUUAUGUCCCGGAAAACAGGAACCCCCAACCCGCGCGAGAAUAAAACCCCCCCCAUUUUGGGGAAACCCCGGUUUUUACACCCCCAAACGCAGGUCCCCAAGGGGGGGGCGAACCCCGUUGGGGGUUUGGAAGGGAAAAACCCCCAUCGCGGGCAUCAUAAUGACCUUUCCGCGGGGCCCGGGAAAACCCGUUUUUUUUAAAAGGGCUUUCCAGGGCGCCGGGGGGAAACAGAGGUUUUUGGGGGCGGGGUCGCGCGCGACGCCCGGGGGGGGCCCCAGAUCCGGGGACCCCCCACCGUUCCGGGGGAGAGGAGGGCGGCCCCCCCUUUUUUUGGGGGGGCCCCCAACCCCUUUCGGGGGUUCCCCGCCCUACACGGGGUGGUUAAGGGGUCCCCCGGGUCUCCCCCCCCCGGGGGGGGGCCCCAACCACAAAAAAUUUUCCCCCGCCCGGGGGGUUUCCCCCCCUUUCCCCAAAACCCAAAAACGAUCGGCCCCGCAUGAACGCCGGGGGCAAAAAAACCCAAACGGCCGAGAGGGGGCCCGUUCGAGGGAACCCCGGGGUCCCCCCAAAAAAGGGGGCCCACCACCCCCAGGGAAUGGAAAAAGGCUGUGUCAACCAGGUGUGGGGACGGGUUUCCCGGUUUCCCCAAAGGGGGGCCCCGGGGUUUCCCCCGAAUUUUUGGGUUUUAAACCUUUUCCCCCGGCCGAACCCCCGGGGUUUCCCCCCCUUUUUAAAGCCGGCGGCCCGGUCGGGCAUCGUUUGGGUCGCUCGAGGCUUCUCAACCUCCCUGCCUGA